GUUGAUAUUUGCUGUUCCAUGUUCUGCAACUUGGAUGACUCCAUAAACUCAUGCAUUGAUGAUAUAAUUGAGGCCUACCACGUGAAUUGUUUGGGGUAGGUUUCAUUGCAAAUCAUCACUCAACGCUUAUCCACAUGUAUGCAUCCGACUGUGCAAGGACGAGACACCAACCAAACUCCAAAAGCAUUGGAAAGGAAAGAAGCAUUUGAUCUGCCGCAACUCUCUCGUGGAAAUGGCUAACGUGCUGCAUAUGAAUGGCAGCCUGGAAGAGACCAGCUAUGCCAUGAACUCCUUGCUUCAGCGGAAGGGGAUCUUAAGGACUCUGCCGAUAACCAAGAAAACCGUUGCAGAACUGAUGUGCAACUCGAGAUUCCCGGAAGGCAGGUUGGCAAUGGCAGAUUUGGGUUGCGCUUCAGGACCCAACACCCUUCUCCUCGUGUCGGAGAUGAUCAAGGUCGUCCACAAGCUUUACGGGGAGCUAGGGCAGGAUUGCCCUGAGCUUCAGAUCUUCCUGAAUGACCUCCCUGGAAACGAUUUCAACCAUGUCUUCACCUCUAUUCAAGGAUUUAAGGAAAACAUGAAGAAAGAAAUGGGAGCCCAGGCUUUCAUCGCCGGAGUUCCAGGUUCUUUCUAUGAUAGGCUUUUCCCGACUCAUAGCCUUCACUUCAUCCACUCUUCCUACAGUCUUCAGUGGCGCUCUCAAGUUCCUCAAGGUCUGGAGGAGAACAAGGGAAAUAUUUACUUGGCCAGUAGCAGCCCUCCAUGUGUGUUGGAAGCCUAUUACAGACAAUUCCAGGUGGACAUUUCAUCCUUCUUGAAAUUUAGGGCUCAAGAAUUGGUGACUGGAGGUCGGAUGGUGUUGACACUCCCUGGAAGGAGAGGUGAAGGAUCUUCUGAGAAAGAGUGUUGCUAUAUUUGGGAACUUAUGUCGAUAGCUCUCAAGCAAAUGACAUCUGAGGGAUUGAUAGAUCAACAAAAAUUGGAUUCCUUCAACCUCCCAAUGUACAUGCCAUCCGCCAUGGAAGUGGAAGUCGAGGUCCAGAAACAGGGCUCCUUCGCCAUUGAACACCUGGAGUUAUGGGAUAUGAAUUGGGACGCCUACGAGGGGGAAGUGAUGAGCUUGCCAGCCGGAGACGGUGGCUACCAACUUUCCAAGUGCAUGGAAGCGGUGUUUGGUCCGGUCAUCGCCCAUCACUUCGAUUCCUCGAGGGAAAUCAUUGACGAGGUUUUCAGGAGGUACGGACUCCUUCUCUCCGAUUGGAUGGCCAAGGAGAGUCCUACUUUGGUCAGUUUGACUGUCUCGCUCACUAAGCGACAUUGAUGACAAAAUUGGAAAGAGCUCGAUACAUGCCGAAAAGGUAUUCAUGUUUCUGCAUUCCUUAUCUCGAGCCGUAUAAGAGAAUGAUAUAAGAUUAUUAUUUUUUUAUUUAUGGAGAAACCCAUUGCGGCGUUGGCGUACUUUUCCCUGGAUUCAAUUCUAUUGUUCUCUUGUCAAUUUCGCUGGAAACCCAACUCUCUCCUCCACUGUGAGUGAUACAAAUAGUGACAAAUUUUAUAUAGUUCCAAGUGGCUACUUGCUCAGUUUAUCUCAAUGUUUUUAUUCAGU